UUGAUUUUGUGCUAUCGAUCCGCCCACUGUGACAGAUGUUGCGUGAACUCGUUUGGGGCUUGAAAGUAACGGACGUUCAUCUCUGUGCGAAAGUCCCGCAGUCCGGCUCUGAGGCGGGUCCUGCUGUCCUCCCCGUGCCCCGGUGUAAACAUUGACGUUAAAAGGGGGGCUGGACGACCCCGACCUCGGGUGUUUUGGCGUGUUUUUUCUGGGCGUAAAUGCGGCUGAAGAGGGUCCGCGCGGAUCGGUAGCCCGUCCCGUCGGUGUGGCAGCCGGUCUGAGCUCCGAGCGGAGGCGGGGAUGGAGCGCAGCGGCGGCGGGGACGAGAGUGAGACCCGCUCGCCCCAACAAAACACGAUGUGGAAGCAGUUUCAAGCCAAAGCCAAGCCGCUGCUCAGCCCCAAGCUGGGCGCCAGAGACCCCGAGGACAAGAAGGAGCGAGGCGGGUGGAUGUUCAAGAAGAUGAAGCGGAAGGAAAACGUCGCUCUGGACCGGGUGAUCUCCUCCUCGCAGCCCGACCUGCUCUUCCCCUCUCGGGUGGAUUUAGGCGUGAAGGAGGCUCAGCUCUGCGGCAAAGCGGCCGGGAGCGGCUCCGGUCUCGGCCGGGAGAAGCUGCAGCCCGCGCACAAGUCCACGGUGGCUCAGCUGGUGCAGUCCCACCACAAGAGCUCCUCUCUCGGGUCUGCGUGCUUGGAGAGGCUGGCCGAGGCACCGGGCUGCAGCGGGGGCGGCGAGGGCGGCGGCAGCGGCGGGAGCGGAGGAGGCGGCGAAGCGGCAACAGCUGCCGCAGCGGCGGAAACACAGCUGGAGCGCAGGGAUGAGCAGCCGGGUGUGGGUGCUCCGUGCUCCUCGGGUGUCACCUCUGAGCGAGCCGUCUCUAGCUCAGAGAUGUACAAGCUGGAGAUCGAGCUGAAGAGGGGACACAAUCUGGCCGUCAGAGACAGAGGAGGCAGCAGUGAUCCCUAUGUCAAGUUCAAGUUAGCUGGUAAAGAGGUGUUCAGGAGCAAAAUCAUCCACAAAAACCUCAACCCAGUGUGGGAUGAGAAAACGACUCUAAUAAUGGAUAGUCUGAGUGAACCUUUGUAUGUAAAGGUGUUUGACUAUGACUUUGGCCUUCAAGAUGACUUCAUGGGUUCUGCUUUCCUCUACCUGGAGUCUCUAGAGCAGCAGAGGACGAUACCUGUAACUCUGGCGCUGAAGGACCCUCACCACCCUGAUCAGGACCUGGGCAGCCUGGAGCUGGCCGUCACCCUGACGCCUAAAGACAGUCCCAUAGAGGAACGGCGAGACUCGAUGCAGAGCCUGGUUAAGGCGUAUCGGUGGAAGCCCUAUGUGAAUAAAACUAUGCUGCUCAGGAGGUCCUGGAAACGAUCCACUAAGCAGCAGCAGUCAAUGCGUCUCUCAGAGCUGCAUCGGAAAUCCCAGCUCUGGAGAGGGAUCGUCAGCAUUGCGCUAAUUGAAGGUCGGAACCUGAUUCCCAUGGACCCCAACGGUCUGAGUGACCCGUACGUCAAGUUCAGACUGGGACACCAGAAGUACAGAAGCAAGACUGUGCCAAAGACCCUGAGUCCACAGUGGAGGGAGCAGUUUGACCUUCAUCUGUAUGAAGAGACCGGAGGAGUGCUGGACAUCACAGUGUGGGACCGAGACACCGGGAGGAGAGACGACUUCAUCGGGCGCUGCCAGUUGAACCUCUCCACUCUGGCUAAGGAGCAAACUCAUCACCUGGAGCUGCCGCUGGAGGAGUCCCGGGGCUACGUGGUGCUGCUGGUCACGCUGACCGCCUCGGCUCACGUCUCCAUCGCCGACCUGUCCGUCACCCCGCUGGACGACCCGCAGGAGCGCAGGCAGAUACUCAAACGAUAUGGUGUGUUGAAGUCGUUCUCUAACUUCAGAGAUGUGGGCAUCGUGCAGGUGAAGGUGAUGAGAGCAGAAGGACUCAUGGCUGCAGACGUAACCGGUAAGAGCGAUCCGUUCUGUGUGCUGGAGCUGAAUAACGACAGACUACAGACACACACUGUUUACAAGAACCUCAAUCCAGACUGGAGCAAAGUCUUCACCUUUAAUGUGAAAGACAUUCACUCAGUGUUGGAGGUGACAGUGUUUGAUGAGGACAGAGACAGAAGUGCGGACUUUCUGGGAAAAGUGGCCAUCCCCUUAUUACAUGUCCGUAACGGGGAGCAGAAGGGAUACAUGUUGAAAAAUAAAGAGCUGACAUGCCCGACCAAAGGAGUCAUCUACCUGGAGAUUGAUGUCAUCUAUAACACUGUUAAAGCUGCUUUGAAGACCGUCGUCCCCGCAGAGCAGAAAUACAUCGAGGAAGAACCAAAAGUCUCCAAGCAGUUGCUGCAGCAGAACUUUAACCGUGUGAAGCGGUGCAUCAUGGUCCUGAUUAGCUAUGGGACGUACAUCAACAGCUGCUUUGAAUGGGAGUCUGCACAGAGGAGCAUCAUCUCCUUUGUGCUGUUUGUGGUGGUGGUGUGGAACUUCGAGCUCUACAUGCUGCCGCUGGCUCUGCUGCUGCUGCUGGUCUGGAACUACUUCUUCUCCUCGAGCAGGGAAACAGGUGACAUGUCCAUGGAGGCCAUGUUUGAAUGUGAAGAUGAUGAAGAGGAUAAAGAGGACAAGGAGUCAGAGCACAAGGGCUUCAUGGAUAAACUGUACGCCAUCCAGGACGUGUUCAUCAGUGUGCAGAGCGCUCUGGAUGAAGUGGCGUCGUACGGCGAGAGGAUAAAGAACACCGUUAACUGGACAGUGCCUUUUCUAAGCUGGCUGGCGAUCGCUGCCUUGUGUUCGGCCACACUUCUUCUCUACCUCAUACCUCUUCGAUACCUUGUGCUGGCCUGGGGUGUGAAUAAGUUCACCAAGAAGCUUCGUGACCCGUACAUGAUUGACAACAACGAGCUUCUCGACUUUCUUUCCAGAGUUCCCUCCGAUGUCCAAGUGAUGCAGUACCGUGAGCUGAAGGUCGACCCCGGACAAAGUCCCAACAAACGCAGGAGGACAAACCCGAGCUAGCUGCUGAGUCACGUCUCUCUCGGUCCUCUCUGCGGGAACACUCCCCUGUAAACACUGUAAACUAUGUUAUUUAUACAGUUCUUGCAUAUUUUGAUUAUUAAGAGAAGUUGUAACUGUUGUUUUUGUUUUGUUACUGUGAAAAGACACGGAUUUAUUUUCUAAAUCUUGUAAAGAAAUACUUAAUGUUUUUUAAAUCCCUUUUAUUUCUUGUAACAACACUCCACACGCAGGAUGAACCUAAACAUAUAUACGUGAUAAUAAUGUGUGUUAUGAAUGUACAUGCGUGCGUUAUAAAGGGUAUGCAUGUUCGAAGGUGUGCUACUGUUGCAUGGAAGCGUUGCAAGUUUUUUAUUUCUGUAUGUUUUCGUGGCAUUUUUAACUGGAUGUGUUGUCAGUGUCUAAUGUUACAGAUCGAGUUGCAUGUUAUUACUGCCACCGCUGUUCCACGUGUGACAGUAUUUACACAUACGCACUCAGUAAGCAACACCUCGUAUGAAACGCGGCGGAUUUGGUAAAAUCCACGUUACACUUUGCAUGUUAAAUUCAUGAACUGCUCCUUUAUGUGCUUUCUACAAAAUAGCAUCAACUGGAUUUCUGUCUGGGAGGCGGGUGUUGCCAUGGCAAUUCAAACUGAUCAAUCAGUUUUUACACUCCAACAUCGUUUCCUUUCAUGUUGUUUUGCGGUUAAAGGACCGUUCCUGUAGUUCCACGCAUCGAGUUCAGUUCAGGAGUGCGCCCGCCUGUGUAAACACCUGCAAAAUGUCAGUCUGUGGGUCUGGAUGGAGUGAUGAUGUCAUGGUGAUGUCAUCGGGGGUAUUUCGGCUUGGGCUCCGAGACUAGAAAUUGAAAGGUCGAUAGCGUGCACGGGUGGUGUCUGUCUGCACACUACGAGAGCACACGAUGCAAAAUAACGCCAAGUACAUUUACUCAGUUUUGAGGUACUUGUACUUUAGUAUUUUCAUUUUCUGCUACUUUAUACUAUAUAUACUAUACUAUACUACUCCACUACAUUUAUUUUGAUAACUUUAGUUACUUUGCAGAUUAAUAAUCCAAAAUAUAAUCAACAAAUAAAUUACGUUGUAUUAUUAUAAGUAUAUACAGCAGUAUAUAAAGUAAUUACAUUUAGCCCCAUCUUUACCAGCUGCAACAUUAAAGUGAUUCUUAUAUAUAUUAAUAAUUAUAAUCCAGUAAUAAUAUUCUGGCCAUUCUGCAGAAUGAGUACUUUUGCUUUUGAUACUUAAAGUAUAUUUUGCUGAUAAUACUUCUGUAUAUUUUGAAUGCAGGAACUGUACUUGUAACAGAGUAUUUAUACUCUGUAGUAUUGUUACCUUUACUUAAGUUAAAGAUCUGAGUUCUUCUUCCAUCUCUGCAUCUUUGCACAUUAAAAAACAUUGUGUUUAAAAAAGGACAGUAGCCCAUGCAGGACAUAUGUAAUAGACAUUGUUUUGACAUUUUAGCAGAACUUUAAGUCCCCCUAUUUAGCAUUUAUAAGCAGUAUAUAAACAUUUAAUAAAUGGCUUCUAACACUAUAUAAUGUAGUUGUAAUAUUUUUGAGGUUUGGACGGUUAGUUGUACAAAAGAAGAUUAAAGGCGUCACUUUGGGCUCUGGGUCGUCGUGACGGCGUUUCUCACUGUUUUCACCAGUUUUACAAACCGAUGGAUCGAUCGAUCGAUGGAGAAAAGAAUCAGCAGAUGGAUCCAGAAUGAAAAGCAUCAUCAGCUGCAGUCCGAUACAAACCAGUUCAACAUGAGCUCCAGCUCCACCAGCUGCAGCAGCAACAUCCUGCUUUACAUUAAUGCACGAGGAAUAAUAACCUGAUGAUAGAAUAUAUAACAGCACAGCAGCCACAGGGACGCUGCACUGCACCGAGUACUUUUACUUUGAAUACUUUAAGGACAUUUUUCUAAUAAUACUUCUGCACUACAGUAUUUUUUACAGUGUAGUAUUUGUACUUUUACUUCAGUAAAGGAUCUGAGUACUUCCUCCACCACAGUCUUUUACCUGCACUUGGUUUACAAGUCAACAACAUCACUUUACUGGUUUACGUAUAUUUUAUCCCAAAAGUAUUCAUGUUUUUAAAAUGUAUCAAAGCAAAGUGAUAUCAGGUGCUAACCGACGAAUGCGACUCGUUGUUGUGUGCGUUGGGGAAGCUGAGGCUUAUUCACAUCACCGACAUGAGAUGGAGGAAUGUUUUCUAUCACCACCACCUGCUGAAGAUGUAUGGAAGAUUUAGAAUGCCUUAACAAAAACAAAUCAAACACAGAAAUGAAGUAUAAUGCAAUACACAUUAUUAUUAUUAUUAUAUAUACUUCGUUUUUAUGUAUGCAUUUACUGUCGUAAUUUGUCAUUCCCCCAAGCUGUGACUGGACAGUUGAUUGUUUUUCAUUUUUUUGCAUGGACGAUGCGUUUCCAUGUCGAAAAAAGAAAAAGCUCCUUCAGUAACUAAAGUGCUGUACUUGAGUACAAUUUUGAGGCACUUGUACUUCACUUGAGUAUUUCCAUUUUCAUGUAUUUGAUAACUUCAGUUACUAGUUACUUUGCAGAUUCAGAUUUAUAAUAUAAAAUAUAAUCAACAAAUAAAUGAUGAUGUAUUAUUAUAGAUUAAGAUGAGAUAAAACUUUAUUGAUGGGCUAUUCUGCAUGAUGAGUACUUUUGGCACUUUAAGUACAUUUACUUAGGUAAAACACAGUAUUUCUACACUGUGGUACUUCUUCUACCUCUUAAUGACAGUUCUUUGUAUGUAUUGUUGGCAGGUCUAUGCUGCAAUUAUUGUUCAUUUAAUAACGACAGUAAAUGCAUUCAUAAAAAGGAAAAACAUAAAACAAUGUGUAUUGUAUUUCACUUUAUUUCUUUGUUUUUAUUUAGGCAUUUUAAAUCUUCCAUAAAGAUGAACCAUAUGAACAUUCAUAUUCUGUAUUUUUCCAGGAAACGUGUUCCGACGACACAAAAAGUUAAUAUCUCGGCUUGAAGAUACAGAACUGACUUAUUGCACCUUGAAUCUGUUUUUCCACCAAACGUUAGUGUGAUGUGUACAGUUAGGCUGCAUUAACGUCACUGUUCUGCCACGCGCUUAUCGGUUAAUAACCUCUGGAGUGUAUGUGAAGGUAUUGGGAUCUGUGUAAACUGUCAUUUGUAAGUGUUUUGCAUGACUGAACAUAAAUUAUAUGCAAGUGCAUUUAUGGAUACUGAAUGUGAAGUUCAUCUGUGUGUUGCUUACCUGAGCUCCAGGUAAAGAGAGAAACGCUGCGUUACAGAUACUCUCUCCGCCGAAUCACCACUUCUGUCAUUUUGCACGUCAUCUGUUUUUGUUUCCUGUUGCACCAUGGGUAUUUGCAGCUGUUGAGUAAUUACUGCGAUUGCGACGGACUGUAACGACUGUGUAGCAUUUGUCUGAGAAAAUAUAUUUCUACACAGA